UCUUUCUAAGCAAAAAAAAAUUGUUUCUUAUUUCACAUAAAAAGUCAACAACAUAAUAUUUGGCACUUUCUUCCACAGUUCCUUUAUGAUUUAUUUUAAAUUUUGUUAUCCAUUUUAUCUCAGCAAUCACAGUGUAUUUGUAGCUAUGAAAAGGGUAUAUUUGUGUAUCUUAUUGUAUUUUGCAUUUUGACUGACUACCUAUUGCUUAAAAGUAGCAAUGAGAAAAAGAAAAUAUAUUGUAUCAUAAACCAAGGAAGAAAGAAAAAAAAUCCAUCCACCCAGGACCAUACAGCUAUUUAAAAAGCUAUUUGUUGAUAUUUUCCAAAGAUACGAUACUUCUUAUUUUAGUACAAAUGCCAACAUUACGAUCUCAAAUAAAUAAAUUACCAACUACAAACAUGCAAACGGCAACAAAAGAGAAAAAACAAUGGAUUAUGAUUGGAUCUAAUGAUAUGCUGAUGGAUGACAAUCACGAAAAAUCAUUUCAUAAGAUACCACAUCCACAUAAUGGUGUUCCAAGUUUGUUUCUGUUUUAUGAGAAAAAAGUUUAUGAAUUAAUGAAGUUCAAAGAAGAAUAUAGAUCUUGGUUUAUUGACGAUUCAGUGCAAAAAGAUGGAGCAUUGCACAUAGUCACACCUGUUGAUCCUCUAUUUUUGGUUCUGCCAUAUUUUGAAAAAGCUGCAGAAAAGGAUCAAUACACAACUUUAGAUAACAUAUUACAUGACGACAACCACAAUAUUGGUCUUGCUAAAUUGGAACAUUGUGUUGAUAAAGAGAUGUUGCAGAAUAUUUGUACGUGCAAGGGUGAUGAUGACUUUACAGCAUAUAAGUUGAACGAAGACAAAAUAUUAGAGUGGCUGUCCAAAAAGGUUCAUAAGUUGUCACUACAUCUUCAAAAGUCAAGCAUCAAUGUAUGUCCAGGUGCACAGUUAUCAAGUUUUGUUAAAUCAUCAACAGGAAAGAAAAGUGAAGAUGAUUGUUUGAGGUAUGCAUGGACAACCAUUUCGGAUUACAUCACGUCUAGUUGGUCUGAGAAAUUGAAAGAUAAGCUGAGUAUAAAAGAUGCAAUAAAGUUAGUUAAAGAGGAUGAUGGUACGCCGCCAGCGAAGAAACAAAAGUUAAACAGCAAUACUGAAUGUUUGGAGGAUUAUCGAGAUCAUUCUGGUAAAAAGACCAAGAAAUCUGCUACAAAAUUGACGUCACAGCAGAAGUCGCUGUUAAAAGUCAACAAAAAAGGAAUGAAAUCCAUGACAAGCUUUUUUAAAAGCACUCCAAAAAAAUGACGAUUGUUUUUAAAUGUACGCCGUGUGAUUGACACGAAACUUAACGAAGCCUGUUCUUCGGGUGUUGCUUAGAAAAAUGCCAUCUUCAUGUGGUCGUAAUGCCGAGAAAUCAUAUGGAAUGUUCCCUGUUUUACGUUAUGAAAACAAUUUUAUCCUGUAUACAAAAAAAUGAAUCUUUAAUUCCAAGAUUGUAAAUAUAUGUAAAAAGUGUAACUUUUUUGCGUAAAGAUAAAGAUCUAGCUUUUCGGACAAAAGGACACUCGUUCCAGUCUCCUAACUGGUAAAUGGUAAAGGAGAACUAAAGGUUGUUAACAAAUUGUGCUCGAAAUGUUCAUUAUAUGAACUGUGUAAAUGUUUUUAUAUUUGUGAGCUUUGGUUCUCGAGAAAUUAAGGUCGAAGCGGUUAAAUUUCUAACGU